AUGGCCGAGCAACAGCGUCGACCCGAGACCAUCUCCGUUACCGAAGGCCCCGAGCUGGGCAGGACCUCCCAACCUGCCGUCCCGGCCAAGCAGCUCGACUCAGACUAUCCCGUACGAAGAGCACUCCAAAUGCCCACAGCCUACGACCUACUAACCUGUCUCCUCUCCAGCUAAUCGACUCUGACCCUCACUUCACCCGCGUCAUCAAAUAUGCCCGCCCAAGCGACUACCUCGCCGGUACCCUCUUCGCCGCCUCCGGACCCGCCCUCAUGCUCUGGUGGGAACAGAUCUCUCCUUCCGAAGUCGGCCGCAAAGGCUUCGCACAAACCAUGCGCCUCUCUGGCGGGAUCUCCGCAAUUGCAGGCUUCUUGCUCUUAUACUCUCGCUCCCAGAACAGAUUCUACGGCUUCAGCGAGAACAGACGCGAGAUCGACAAGGACAUGCGCGAGAUGACGGAUAGGGUCAAGAAGGGAUUGCCGUUGUAUGGAGCGAGUACUCUGACAGAAUAUAUGCAGGGAGCGGCGAGCAGGCAGAGCAGAUACUCGGGUGUUUUUCUGCAUGUGAUGCCGUGGUUCAACUUCGUGCACCACAGCCAUCAUGGUGUCGAUACGGCGAAGUAUUAUCAAAAUGCGGAGAGGGAGUUGGAGGCGGAGAGGACUGGGAAGGCACUAUAA